UUAAGAUCAGAUUUGCAAUUAUUAAAAUAAAUAAAACUUUUGUGAAUCAUAAAAGAGGCUGAUUUUCAUUUUCUGAGCUGUGCGUACCCAUGUAUGCAAAUGUUACUGGAACAUCCACUGGUUUUUAGUGUGCAUGUACAAGAGAAAGGUUACACUUGUACAGGCUGAUUCAAGCUCUUGAUUUUACUAUUAAAACUCUGAUGGUUUUAAAGUAAAACCGAAAGCUUGACACAACAGAUAAGUCUCUGUCCUUUGUACGGCCAAAUAUGCUAAUGUUAUACCCAGUGAAACCACCAAUCAGCCCUCUGCUGUCAGUAUUGCAAAUCACUUCCAGGUGCUCUUUGAGUUUUGUUCCAACAAGUUUUACUCGUUUGACCUGUCUGCCUGAGGAAAUGAGGUAUAGCUGCAGCACACCUCUCAGUGCUCAGAGAGCUGCACAGAUACAGACCAGUGUUGUCUGAAUGGCUGACAAGUGCAAAUCAGAAGAUGGCAGGAAUGACUCCAAUGGUUCUCUGUUGGAUCCUAAAGAUUACACAGCCAGUGAAUCUACUGAAGAGGAGCCGGAAAACAAAAACCUUUGGCCCAGACCACUGGCUCGAAAAUGGAUCCUGAUGCUGUUCAUGGGCACCUGCCUCCUCUACUGUGCCAGGAUGGCCAUGCCGAUCUGUGCUGUCUCAAUGGCAGCCAUUUUCCACUGGAGCAAGAUCGAUUCUGGGCUGGUCCUGGGUGGAUUCUUCUGGGGUUACUGUUUCACACAGAUCCUGGGGGGACAUGCCAGUGACAAAGUGGGAGGAGAGCGUGUCCUGCUCGUCUCUGCAGCCUCCUGGGCUUUGAUCACAGCUGGUACUCCUCUGCUGGCCCAGCUCGGCUCUCACACCCUCGGUCUCAUGAUGAUGGCCAGGUUCCUCAUGGGAGUAUUGCAGGGUGUGUUUUUUCCAUCUCUGGCCAGUCUUUGCUCGCAGCGUGUAGUGGAAGGAGAGCGAGGCUUUUUAAUGAGCACCAUGAACAGCGGUGCUCAUCUUGGGACGUUGGUAGCAGGUGGGAUGGGAUCCUUUAUGCUGGACUGGUACGGCUGGGAAAGCAUGUUCUACUGCAUCGGCUUCCUGUCCACAUUGUGGGCACUCGUUGUGUGGCAGUAUUUAUUAAAAGGUGAAGUUACCCCCAAGUGGCUGGAAAAGAGGACUGACUCGAAACAGAGUCUGACAAGCACACGCUGGCUGAGUCUUUUUAAGAAGCCACCUGUCUGGGCCAUGGUCUUUGCUCACAUGUGCAUAUGCAGCACUUCCAACACUUUACUGUCCUGGUUGCCAACAUACUUCAAAGAAUCAUUCCCACAUGCCACGGGAUGGGUGUAUAAUGUGAUUCCAUGGCUCGCUGCAAUUCCAGCAGCACUUUGUGGAGGAUAUGUUUCAGAUUUCCUCAUCAUCCAUGGUUAUGGUAUAGCAUUUGUGAGAAAGUUAAUGCAAGUCUUUGCCAUGGGCGUAUCGAGUAUGUUUAUUAUGCUCCUGACAGGAGGAACAUCUACCUCAUUUACCUCGGCAGUGAUUUUUGUUUCUGCAGCUGUGGGUUUAUCCACUUUCACCAGCAGUGGUGUGUCUGUGAACGUGCAGGAUCUCACUCCCUCGUGUGCUGGUGCUCUCUAUGGUUUUAUGAAUAUGUUGGGUGCUCUCAUGGGAGUGGUGUUGGUGUCCUUGUCAGGCUACCUGAUUGAGGUCACCCUGUCGUGGGCCACCGUGUUCUCCCUCAUCACUUUAGUAAAUGCCACGGGUCUUGCUGUCUUCCUCAUAUUUGGAGAUGCUCAGCGCGUCGACCUGGAAAAUUAUAGCCAGGUUAUUGUGAUUUGACCCAGACCUUUUGCUGCAAAUACCAGCCUGUGCCUGAUUUGUGAGACUGGACAUUAGAUUUAAAUCUUCAUCCACAGGCAGUCACAGAUUUGUCAGGCGCACAAAAAUAUAAACACAGUACAGCACAGUGUUUAUCGGGACUCACCGGGGCUUUGUGUUUGCUAUAAGGUCCUGUUUGCUUUGUCAUUGUUUUGACGAACACAUUUUUGCUGCUGCAUUUAAAAAAAAAAAACAACUUAGGUAUAGAUUUCCUCUCUUGAAAAUGAAGGAACUUGAAUAUUGUGGGCAUGUUUUUGUUCUGUUGUGUUUACUGGAAGUCACUGCAUACAGCACUGUAUGCUAAAUGUGUACAAAUGUGUAUGACGGAAGGUAUUUUUAAUGUAGACAGGUUCAUUUUCACAAAGAAAUGUAACAGAAACCACGAGCUGCUGGUCACUGUUGCAUUUUAAAACACGUGCCUGUGUUUUUCUUCAUGGUGUGUUGCUGUACAGAGGUUUAUUAUGAUGUUUAUUUAAGGUCAGACAGUGUGUAUUGAAAAUAAGCCCUUGAAACAGAUUCUGGAUGUGUAGGCAGUAAGAGAGAAACAGUGCUGUUUUAUUAUUAUUAUUUCUAACAUUAUUGGCAGCUUUCAGUACUUUUGUAGCCAAUACAUGAAUCUCUGCUCUUUAUAAUUUGGUUCCUUUGUUCAUGUUCUAACUUCUGCUAACAAAUUUUAGCUUCACUGUUUACUUCACUGUAAAUGGCUGUGUGGUGCUAUGUGCGGUUGCCAGACUGUAGCCAGCGGUGGUCAUGGCCACCUGAGGCCACCUCCCUGGCUCUGCUGCUGUUAACAGGUGAAUUUUAGUCAAACUCUCAGGGCAAAUGCAGGUGAGGUAAAGAGAGAGUUAAAGCCAGGAAAUAGCUUUAUCAGGCUCUGGAUGGACAGGCAACACUUGCUGCUUGGAAAAAAAAAUCAUUGUUUCUUUUGGUCUUUUCAUGGGCUUUGUUGAUAAUAAGAAAAAUAUAGAAUAUCAGCAGAUCUAUCCUUUAACUGGUCAGGCCACUGCCUGCUGUGGAAAACUUCACUGCAAGAGACUCAGCACUUGUAGCAAAUAAUACAUUUAGGUGUUGGACCAAAUACCUGCAGUGUGUUAGUGUACAUGUUAAGAUGGACACUGUAUCUGUCAACCCUAUGUUUGGUUUUCUAUCAGCUAAAAUGUUAUUUUGUGUCAUUAAUGAGGGACAUGAAAUCAAAGUCCUUAUGUGCAAUUUGUGUUUAACAUUUAGAACCAGCUUCAUUCUAUGUAUUUAUAAUGACAUUAUUGCAAAUAUUUAUUCAGCUGUUUUUUUUGUGUUAGUGUUUGAAUUAUGUGGUUUUGUACAGUUUGGCUAUGGUGUUACACUUUUGUACAUAUAUCGGGCAAAGAUUUGUCAAAUGAAAGACAUUUUUUUAAUAUCAAGAAAGACUUAAUUUUCAUUAAAUGUUUGUUUUUUUUAUACAUGUGUUGCAUUAAUAAGCUGAAAUGUUUUUAAUUGAUGAAUUUGUUUGCAUUAAUCUCUCAGGGUGUGGUCCAAUCACUGAAAAACUGCCAUCCAUUUUCCUUAAUAUUUCUUGAGUGUUGUCAGUAUUAUCAAAUAAUAGUGUCACAAGCAAUGUAUUGGUGUAGAAAUACAACACUGUUAAAGCAACACAACACCAAGAAGCAUGUCUGUAUUAUACUGACCAUAUUUCUCAAUGUUGGAAAAAGGAAAAAAUGUCUUGAUGAAUCACUAAAUCAUCUCUCUAUGACAUUUUGACUGAACCCAUGAGUGUAUGUGUCAACAAAUACUGAUUUAAAAGUAUUUUAAAGAGAUAAAUAUGAGGAAAAGCCAAAUAAAAAAUAAAAGUUACUGUCAGUGUCACUUAU